UCGCGGUGUCAGCCGGAGCGCAUUCCUGUUACAGACAGUUUUGAGCGGACUACAGAAGCUGCACAUUCCUCAGUAGGCGCGGUGGACUUUCCCGAGCUGCAGGUUGUUUCGUGUGAGUUGAGCACUGUUUGGACUCCGUAUCUGCGGGCUAAUGACACUUCAGCGACAGUAGCUGUUAGCUGUUAGCCGCAGGUGUGGACAGGGGACAAGCUGGGAAAUGGACCGCAAAACGCUUUCAGAGCCCGUACCUGCUCGUUUUCAGGUAGUGUGACAGACUGGAGUCUCAUUUCAGUGGUUUUGACAAUGGCGGGCUGCUGGCAGCGGUGUCGCCGCACCUGUCUGUGCUGUCUGUCCGAGGAGGAGAAGAAAUCCAUCGCUGUGGACAAGGAGAUCAAGAGGAUCCUCAAGCAGCAGAAGAAGAAGGAGAGAAGGGAGAUUAAAGUCCUCCUGCUGGGUACUGGCGAGAGCGGAAAAACCACCUUCAUCCGACAGAUGAGGAUCAUCCACGGACGAGGCUUCUCAGAGGAGGAGAGGAAGUCCUUCACCAAAUGCAUCUUCCAGAACAUCUUCACAGCCAUGAAGGCCAUGACAGGAGCCAUGACCACACUCAAAAUACCCUACUCUGCCCGAGAGAACGAGAUCUACGCCAAGUGGCUGCAGGAUGUAAACACAGUGCAGAUCACCCAGCUGGAGCGGGGCUACGUUGACGCAAUCCGCCGCCUCUGGGCGGACUCAGGCAUCCGGGUCUGUUACAGCCGUCGCUGCGAGUACCAGCUCCUGGACUCCACAGAGUACUACAUGAGUAACCUGGACCGCAUCUCCGCCCUAGACUACAUUCCCACAGAACAGGACGUGCUGCGAGUUCGAUUCCCCACCACGGGCAUCCACGACUAUUCCUUUACCAUCAGGAGCGUCACACUAAGAAUUGUGGAUGUGGGCGGUCAGAAGUCGGAGCGUCGGAAGUGGAUUCACUGUUUUGAAAAUGUCACUUCCCUCAUUUACCUGGCCUCCCUCAGCGAGUACGACCAGGUCCUGGAGGAGAGAGAAACCAUUAACCGCAUGCAUGAGAGUCUGGCUCUGUUCUACACCACCAUCCACUCUACUUGGUUCCACAACACCUCCAUCAUCCUCUUCCUCAACAAGACUGACAUCCUGACUGACAAAGUCCAGACCUCUGACCUGCAGAAAUACUUCCCCAGCUUCACAGGUAAGAGGCGAGACCCCGACGAUGCCAAGAACUUCAUCCGCAAGUUGUAUGAGCAGCAGGCCAUCAACCGCGACAAGAGGGAGGAGCGGAAGACUCUCUACCCACACUUCACCUGUGCCACAGACACCAACAACAUCCGCUGGGUCUUCAACGACGUCAAGGACACGGUGCUGCUCAAGUCUCUCAGGGACUAUGGGGUCAUCUGAACUGUUAGUCAGUGGUGAAAAACACAAGGAAAGGUUCUCGUCUCUGUCUGGACCAUUUGCUUGUGUGAGUGAAGGACCUGAUGAUGAUGAUGUUGCUUCUUUUUCCACGUAAAAACAAUGCAGGAUUCUUUCUAAAGCCUGGACAAUCCGACCAUCGCCCAUCCUUCAUGCUUCUGUCCACCCUUCCUCCUCUUCACCCUCAUCAGGGGUUAAUGAAUAAGCAGGUGGCGAAAGAAGGGAUAAGUUAGUACUCUUCUCUCACCUUCACCACCAUCACUAUCCCACUCUCUCCUCCUCUUCCUCUCAAGUAGAAAACAUGAUGAUGUUUAGGGAGAUUGGGAGACACGACAAGACUGAGUGACUUCUGAUCAGGGAUUUCAUUUGUUUUUUUGUUUUUGUUUUUAAGGUGAAGAAGUGUUUGGGUCAUGCAGUGACUGCACUGAUCCAUAAUUGAAGCAGGAGUAGAGAUGCUAUGAAGUGCUAUGCUGCCAUUAACAGAGUAAUGACUUUUACAAGUGGACAUGAGGUCAUGUUUGGGUACACCACCCUGCCACACACAUUUUAAAUGCUUUAUUUGAAUUCACCAGGUACAUUCAGGUAUAGUAGAUACUCGUACACAGUUUCCAUUAUUUAUCAUAAAUGGCAAUAUAUGAGUUAAAAUCUACUGCACCUUUUAUUAUUAAGCAUCUAGAAUCAGGGGAUUUUCUCUCUGUGAUUAAUGCCACUACAGGGUUAUUUGAUUGUUUCACAAACACUGCGCUCAGACUGCCCAAAUCCUUGUUGAUUACAGUUAUCUCACACUGGCAAUAUUUCUUAUGUAUUAUCUCAUUCAACACAUCUGUUUGGCACGAUCUCUAUCAGUUAACAUGUGCAGAAAGAUUGUGUAACUGCCUCCUUUGGAGUCAUUCUUACGGUGCCAUAACAGUGUGUGAUACCAUCCUUACGUUCACCUCCAGUCUGUUGCUCUUUCUGUGUUAAAUGGUUUAUUAUUAUAUUUAUUAUGCGCAACCCCCUGUGUUACAUAAACAGAUGUACAGAUAAAAUACAGGCUGUGUUCAAAACAGGAGAGUGAAUCUGUAUUGGAUAUUGCUUCACAGGCAGUACAAGCAGGCAGUCACAACAAAGACACAAAGAAUGAAUGUGAUGUGGAUGAAAGAAAAGUUCAUAUAGUUUAAAAAUGUAGAAACCAAAUGCUUCAACAAAUUGAUAUUUCUAGCUUCUGUUCAAGAGCUUUGCAUAGGUUAAAGCACAAUUUCUUCCAUUUUUAAAAUAAAUUUUCACCUGUAACUAAUGAAUUUGCAUUUCUUAGUCAAACACCAAUUAAACUGUACAGUAAAGCAGCUGAGCACUGGGUGACGAGGCAGGUAUGAUGUUUUUUGCAGGUUGGGGAUCAGCAAAUCCAUCAGUUUUGCGCUUAUGCAAGACAAUGAAUCCUGACCCGCUCCACUGCUGCUUUUAUGUUUAACCAUAGGUUUUAAGAAAACUGAUGGAUGCACAGUAAAAGGCAAAGUCCUGACCAUCAGAUCCACUGACAGUCUCCAAUAUGUUCAUUAUUGAUGUCUUACUGGUAGGAGCGGAAAGAUAAGCACAUGAAAGAUAUUUGGAUGGUUUAGGUCCAAAAAACUUAAAAGGUUAUGAUGUCAAUGUUUUGUCUAGAGCUUGUUUCGCUGCCCCCCAAGUGCCCAAAAAUUUGUUCAAGCUGCUUAAAUGUCUAUUUUUGGUCUCAGAAAUGUGCUGUUUUGUACUUUUCAACAUUCAGUUUCUCUACAGCAAUAAAGCAGUUUUCUAACAGUACUAAUAAGUUUUCAGAUAGUUCAUUUUAAAAGUCAUUCAUUGAACCUCUGAGCUGAGUCAUGGACACGUGGUUAAGGAGAUUCUCUAACACUAUCUUCAACCAUCUUCGUUUAAUUUUCCGGUCAGCUCAACACAAUUAAUACACUUCAUUAAAAUCAAUAUAGUAAAUUUGAGCACAAAUCACAGUUGGGGGCUGACAAGUUGUAAAAGGUCAUGAGUGAAGGAACUGAGACUUGUCUGUCCUCGAUGGUGAAAAACAAUCCAACAGGCGAUUUGCUUGGUAAAGAGUAAAGAAUAUUAAUAUGAGGUGGCAGUGUGAAUUCUCUGUCCAUCCUAUUUAUAUCAGUGUGUGGAGAGGGGUAUUUUAUAAUAUUGAUUAGAAGCAUAAGUUCUACCCCCGUGUGCGUCAUUGAGUGCUGAGUGUGUGUUGAGUGGAAAAUGAAAUUCAUUAAAUGAACUAACCUUGAUGGAAAGCUAACAUUAGCUCACAAUGUGUCUGUUAUGUGGUUUUGGCUGCUGUUUUGUGUUAACACUAGUGUUUUGAUUGCUACACUGAAUCUCUUUGAUGCCUUCAAACACAAAUGUAUAGUUUUACUGUACAUUUACAUGUUUACAUGACUACUAUACCUUUGCUUGAUUUUUUAACUUGUAUUUUUUAAUAUUGUUUACCAACAGCACAUAAACUUUGACUAGAGAGUGUUUGCUAGUGAACUACUUUUUGUGUAUUGGGGACCUCCUCUCAUACGGUGACAGUGAGUUAUUUUGUGUUGCCUCGGGUGGAGGAAGUGGGCAAAUAUUUUUUUUCAAGUUAAUAUUAAAAACAAACUUUUGAACACA